CAUGUUACCGUUGAAACUCCAUUGCCUCAAGACACCGCUUUCUUAAACCCUUCUUUCAGGUUUCAACUUUCACGAGUUCAUCCAAUCCCAACAAUAACCACAGAAUAGCGCAAGACAGAAAAGAAAAGACGAAAUUCAAGAAUCAGAGUCCUCUUUUUGACUAUCAAAUUUGAACUUUGAUUGAAGAUUGUUUAGAGUAACAUAGAUGGCAGCAAGAAUUGAACGAUUGGUUCAAGACCGGAACCUCAACGGAGCAGGAGCAGGAGCAGUUUCCGGAAAGGCCAAGAAAUUUGGGGCUGGUGGUGGAAGAAAACCACUUGGUGAUCUAUCCAAUGCAGGAAAGCCCAUUAAUCAGGCUGGUGGAAAGAAAGCCCUGGAUGUCUCUUUUAAUCGGCAUUUGAAACAGAUUAAUGCUUCUGAGAAAUCUCUCACCGCUAGAAGGAAGGCCCUUUCUGACAUUUCAAACUCAGUGGUUGAGCCGCAUGUUCGGGAGAUAAGGGGUAAACACAGCCUGAAGCCACUGAGAGAAGAACCUCUUGACCAUAAUGCCAUUGCUGAAGAACGGAUGUUGCACAAUCAUAAGGAGUGUAUCAAAUCCAAGUCUGGAGCAAUGGAUGUGCAUCAUUUUUUGAAGAUGGUUGGACUUGAGCACGAUUUGGAUGAUGAUUUGACAGUUUCCACUGAACUGCAUAAAAUGAAGUCUGAAAGCGCUCGUAUAGAACUAGAGGAGGUGCCUGAGGUGUUCCCUGGGCUUGACUGUGUCUCUGCUCAUCCUGGCUCUCCAGAACAUUGCAAUACUCCAAAAUUGUCAAGUUGCAGCACAAUGUGGGAUGAAUUUGAAGUCGAUUUCAAGUUAAUAGAGUCACCUAAGCUGAAGCAAUAGGUGUUCCUUUUCUGAGAAGAUCUUAACUUUUGUUAAAAGUCUUGUUUGUUAAGAAUUUGAUAUGUUUUCUUUCUUUUUGUCUUGUUAUUUCAAUGGCACUAACUAGUGACUAUUGAUUUUCAUUCCUGAGAGAAUGAUGCUGUGUAUCAUCCAAGUCUUAUUACAAAAUUCUCAAGGCAAACCAGAACUAAGUUUUUACUCCAUAA